GAUUCUCCUCUUGCGCGGCUUUCCCGGGCUCCAGCGAUUGCCUCCACACGCACUGUUUCCUUCCACAGCCUUUCCGUACCGUAUGGAACGUUCUGGAUGCGGGUGGAAGCCCGCGGGCUUAGCGGGCGCGGGGGAGCACCCUUUGGGGCUGGAGGCCGGGCCCCCGGGCAGCGGGGCAGCGGGGCAGCGGGCUGAGGCUCCGCCUGCUCCGAGGCCCGGCCUGAACCUUCCAUCCCGCAGCUGCAGCCGUGACAAGCUGCACCAGUUUAGGCUGCAUUUCCCCCACUAACUCACUUGUUUUUUUUCCCCCAAUGAUUUGUCAGCAAAACAUGCGUUCCAAGUCCUUGCAUAACACCUAUAAAGGCAUUGAAUAUAAGGAGGUUUAAGAGAAAUCCAACUGUAGAAGAGACUGUUAGAAUAGCGGUCUAAUUGCAACUUCAUCAGGUUUUUUUCUGAAUUUGUUAUUAGUCUGUGUUAGAUUUCUUACAGCAAAGGCGUUUGUGUUUUGCUUCCACUUAAGGGAUAUUUGCAGUUCUGCCCAGCACUUACUGGGUGCCCUGCAGAGAGUUGCUUUGUGACAGCAAUGAUGUCUUGUUACUGUUACACUUAGUGUAAUACUUUUUGUGGCCCAAAUUGUGAUUUUAAAAUUUUUUUACAAUGACUUGAAUAUUUAUAGUUAUGAACUCAGAUAAAGAAAAAAACUUAAUACUCUGAUUUCUUCUUGUAUGAAGAAUAGAUAGGUAACAAAUAACAGUGGAUUUUUUUUCUUUUCAGACUUUUCUUUGUUUCUUCUCAUCUUUUCACUAUCUCCUUGAUGAAGGAAAGAAGCCUUGUAGGGUGAUUUACAAGAAGGUCAUUUUGAAGUGUCCCUUGAGCCUUUAAACAGAGAGAUGUUCUGUUCACUGUAUUGUAAUCAGGGUUCUGUCACUUGUUUAAUGCCAUUUACAGCUGAUGUUUACAAGGUACGGCUCACUAUUAUCAAAAGGCCCAGGUCCCUUUUGCCAUAAAAUCACUGGCUUGGGUUGGAAAGGACUUUGAAAAGUAAUUUAAUCGAACUAGAUCAGAUUGCUCAAAGCCCCAUCCAACCUGACCUUGAACACUUCCAGGGGUGGGACAUCCACGACUCCUCCGGGUGAUGUGUCCUAGUGUCUUAUCACCUUCAUUGUAAAGAAUUUCUUCCUUAUGUCCAAUGUAAACCAUCCUUGUUUCAGUUAAAAAACGUUACACUUUGUCCUGUCAUUACAGGCCCUGUUAAAAAGGUUCUCCAUCUUUCUUACAGGCCCUUUUAACUUUUGAAAAGCCACAGUGAUGUCUCUCAGCCUGUCUUCAUAGCAGAGGUGCUGCAGCCCUCUGAUCAUCUUUGUGGCCCUCUUCUGGACUUGCUCUAGGAGCUGUGUCCUCCCUAUGUUGGGGAUCCAGAGCUGGAUGCAGUACUGCAGGUGGGGUCUCAUGAGAGCAGAGCAGAGAGGGAGAAUCACCUCCCUUGACCUGCUGGCCAUGCUUCUUUUGGUGCAGCCCAGAAUAUGGUUGAGUUUCUGUAGUGUGAGUGCACAUUGCCAGCUCAUGUUGAGCUUUUCUUCCACCAGUAUCCCAAAGUCCUUUUCCACAGGGCUGCUGUCAAUUCCUUCAUGCCCCAACCUAUAUUGAUACCAGGGAUUGCCCCAACCCACGUGCAGGACCUUGCACUUAGCCUCCUUGAACCUCAUCAGGUUUGCAUGGUCCCACCUCUCAGGCCAAUUUUUUCUACAUAGUGCAGAGAUCACUGAUAACUUGCUGUAAUGUUACAAAUACUGAAAUGUACAGGCAAGCCACUUGGUACCAGUCUGUGUAGCUAGUACUGACAGACCCGUUUUAUUUGCUUGUUGUUCCUAUGUCUUUGAAAUAAAAGGAAAAUUAAUAUUUUUUUAAUGUUUAUUCAUGAGUGAAAUCAAAGUCUUGGACUCCAGUAGUGUAGUACUGUUGCUGGGUGACUGUAUUUGGGGAAGGUACUGUACAUCUCAGAACAGCACUUAAGCUUUAAAAAGAGCAGAAGUGAUAGAACAUAACUGAAAAAAGUAGUCACUUGCCUUUUGAGAGGGAUAACAGGGAAAACGAGGAAUUGUAGAGAAACAAAUGUAUUUUAUAAAAGCAAGGCAUGCUUGAAAAGGAAUAACCUGCAGGUUGUUGGUGUUCUUAGCCUUUUUGAAUAUGUGUGCUUAUGUGGUGAGAAAUUGCCUAGAGUUCCAGCCUAUGCUUUUUAUUUACUCUGGAGAGCUAAGACUGCUUCAGGCCAAGGAACUGAUGACUGGAAGGCCUCUGAAUAAACUAGAGAUGUUUUCUUGCAAGUUAUAGCAUGGAGAGUAAAGUUGUUAUGUAUUGCAGUGUGGUUUAUAUCUGCACAACUUAAUAAAAACAACAAAGAUAAAGUUCUUCACUAGACAAAAUAAAUGAUAACAGAGUUGUGUCAGACUGUGAUAGUGCUAUUGACACCAUGUGAAGAACUGGAGAGCUUGCCUUUCAUGUAUAGUCCAACAAGCUCUAGUACUUUGAGCUAAUUUAUUAAUUUUUACCUGGAGUGAGCUUUGUACACAUUCCAACUCUACUUUGAAAACUAAACACUUGCACUAAGGCAUGUGAGUUGCUAUUUGUGUUCUUACCUUCCCUUACAACCAUUAGUUUUAAAAGUGAGGGUAUGCUGUCUUUACAUGCUGCAGCCCAGUAAUUCUGAGAAGUGCUACUGAACACAUGCAGAGUGUCAGCAGGACACACCAUCAUCUCAUUUUGACCCUCUUAAGUUGCUAUUGGGCUAUUGCUAUUAGUUGUUACAUUUUCCUACUGUGCUUUUUUAAUUGAUGCUCUGUUGUUUUUUAGCAGUCUGGUUCAGUUCUGUAGGGUCUCUCCUUGUCCAGUAUUAGAAAUGGUUUUGUGUUGAGCUCGUAUUUGCAUAGGUCUCCAAGUAUGCCUUGGGAAAUUUAUAUUUUUUCAAAAGGACCUAUAAUCUGAGUUAGUGCUGUAGUGUAAGAAAGGGUUGAAAGGACAUCACGGUGUGGGACAGGGUGUUACUCAGUGGAAGUAAUGAAAAGAGAACAGUCAUGGCUGAAGCAAAGAUACUGUUAUAUUGGUGACUUUGAAAUUCGGCUUCCUCCUGCAUCUUCAAGAGAUAUUUAUUCUAGUUAUUUCUAUGUGAAGUCAGCAGGAGCAGAACUGGGGCCCUGCAGUUCUAAACCUCUCGUGUUUCUCUGGCUGAUUCAAGUUGUAGCUUCUGUGCCAGUGAAGGAAUGGACUUAGGGAGCUGCCUCUGGAUGUGUGCGAUGUGUACUUGGUUCAUACUGAACAAAACAUGCAAUAGUUACAUAGCAAUGAUACUGUGGAAGAGCUUCAGUGUGCCAGGAAGACUGUAACAUUGUUAAAAAUACAUUAGGAGAAGUUUCCAAAAGUGGCAGGAACAGCAGAUGCCUUUCUGCAGUUAAAAAAUUUUACAUUAGCAAGAUGAACUUUUAAUAGUUUAUCAUGCACUAAAUUCACUGCUUUGAAAGACACAGCAGUGGGGCUUUUUUGGUUAGUUGUUUUUUAAUGUUCCUCAGCAGCUGUCUGGAAAUAUAUAGGAUCUUACUGUAACCAUUUUUGAGGAAGUUAAUUCUUUCUAAGGCUUAGAUGCAGUAAGCUUAGAUGCCCAGGCAAGACAUCUAUGUUUUUGCAAAGUAGAGUGCACUUGGAAGAGAUGUGAGACCUUAUAGAGUGCAAAGUCUACGUAAGUUUGCAAAUUGAGGACCUACAGCUGUUAAAUCUAUUGUAUGACUUAAUGUAAACUUUUGAAUUCAUAAUCUGCAUUAGAGAACAAGUAUUUUCAGUUAAGAAAAUACAAUUUAUUCUCGCAGCAAAUACAGGCUGCAUUAUUGUUGCUGUUUUUGUUUCCCGAAUUAUAAUCGUAUUUUUCUUUAAUUGUUUUAUUCACUUCUUAUUUUUCAGGAGUCUUUGAAAAGUCCUUAGUGGUCAUGACAUUGUUACAAGUGACAUAAGUUAGCCAGUGGCUCAGAAUGAUGGAUACACAGAAGACUACAAAUGGUUUGCAAGUGAUUGGAGAAGGGACUGGUAUAGGGAAAUCGACACUCCACAUGGUGGGGUAUUUGGGAAAAAAGUGUGAUCCUGUGGAAACAACAACACAUGAGUAUUGUCCAGUCUGCAAAGAGAAGGGCCAGAUCCAAGUUUUACGGACUUACCGCAUUAAUUUUCAAGAGUCCAUUUUUCUUUGUGAAAAUCCUCAGUGUAUCUACCCACUUGGUUAUAAACCACUAAACAGCAUAAUUACUUCUGCUGAUGCAGAAAAUCAUGAAGGUACAUCUACUCAUAAGAAAAGGAAAUUGCAUGAUACCAGUGACUUUUCUCCUGUUGAAUCGCAUCCAAAAAAAGCAAGAACUAAAAAUGUGGUCAAAGUUGAGCACACUCUCAAUACAGACCAUGUCGUCAGAUGUUAUCAGAAUAGCUCAUGUGUUCCCAAGUCAAGCCUACCAAAUGACCAGCAGAAACCUAAUAACAAUGUGGAGUCUUGCAUGCAGAAGGUGGAUUUGGAAACAAACAACAACAACAAUCAAGAAAUUCCUCAGGCUUCUAGUCCCAGAACACCAGUCUUGCCAAAUUCUGAACUUUGCUCAACAUCUGAAAUUUUGCUCAAAAAUGAUAAAGGUUCCCCUAAUAACACAGAUUUAUGUCUCCAGUGGAGAAACACACAUGAACUUUGUUGGUUAGAUUGUAUUUUGUCAGCACUGGUACACUUAGAAACUUUAAAAUUUGCUCUGGCAGAAGAAAAUAAUGAUGGAAAAUGUUUACUCCAGAAACUCUUAACAAAAUAUAAUCAAGCAACUGUGCUUCUGAAUACUUGUGAAAGGACUAAAGUAAAAGAUGUUCUUCCAAAGGCAGAAUCUCAUCUCAAUGAAAUCAGAAACAUAAUUUUUACACAGCUUCAACCUUUGCUUAGGAAUGAAUUGGGUAAGAAGGAUAGUCCAGUGUUUGCUCUCCCUCUGCUCUUAAAACUGGAUCAACAAGCUGAGAAGCUAUUCUUGCAUUCAUUUUCAUGGAAGUUUGAAUGUGUAUGUUGUGGCUACAAAUAUCAGGACCGAGUUAGGAAAACACUAACAACAUUCACAAAUAUAAUCCCCCAUUGGCAUCCACUUAAUGCUGUUCAUAUUGGACCAUGUAAUAACUGCAGUGAUAGAUCUCAAAGAAGACAGAUGAUACUGGAAAAAAUACCCUCAAUAUUAAUGGUACAUUUUGUAGAAGGCUUGCCACAUAACAACCUGAAGAGCUAUUCAUUUCAGUUUGAAGAAGACACCUACCAAAUAACAUCUGUUGUUCAGUAUCAAACAAAUAAGAACCACUUCAUAACCUGGGCUUUGCAUCCUGAUGGAACUUGGCUUGAAUGUGAUGAUUUAAAGGGGCCAUAUUGCAAGAGAUACACAAGAUUUGAAGUUCCUCCUUCAGAGAUUCAUAUUGUUAUCUGGGAAAAGAAAACAUCCCGUGUGUCAGAAGAAUUGAAUGCACAGUUCCAGAGUAAAAAUAUUGAAGAUUUUCAUCUUAAUAAUGUACAGCCAAAUUCCACAGUGUUGCGUUGUGGUGUUGUUAACGCUGUAGAUGAAAUACCUGCAGAACAUCACAAAGAGGAUUCUGUAAGAACUCCAGAUCAGAAACAGCAGCAGGUAGCUGAGGAUGAAAAUAGUGUUCAUCAUGGCUUGGAAAAUGUGGCACAUGAUGAUCUUCUAACACUGAUGCUUGAAGAAAUUCAAGUUGACUCAGAAGGUAAAUCGCAGUCAAAUGGACAGAUGGUGGGAAAUAACCUUGUUGAAAUGGGCACACUGCAAUGGGGGGAGUUAGCUUUUUCACCUAGCACUCCAUAUAAAGGAGAGUUUGUUGGAACUAGUCUAGCUAUGAACAACAAAGCAACAUUAUAUGAAAAUUCCAGCAUAUGCUUGCCUCUAGAAGAGUUGAACCUAGCAAGUAUUACUCCUCCUGUGCCCAGAAAACAUGACCCAGAUCCAGCUGACUUAGUGCUUGCUCAAAGAACAGACGACAGAGCUAAUUUACCUAACAGAACUAAUUUACUUACCAGAGAACACAGGUUAAAUUCAGAGCUACAGCUAAAUAAGAAGUUGUCACCAGUAGAGAAUAUUAUGCAAAAGUCACCUGACUUGAAAGAUGCAAGCAAAACUGUAGUUAAUUCUCAGGUUGCCAAUUCUGCUGCUGCCAAUAAUUCCUUUCAGCCUUCACACAAAGACCAAAAAAGAGGAUUUGUAGGAAGCUGGGCAAAGAAACUAUUAACCAAGAACACUUCUUUUAUGCCUUCAAGUGCCUCAGCUCUCAAGAAUGAGAGAAGUUGUACAACUCCCUCAAUACAAAAAGUAAGUGAAAUGCGGUUGCCAGUUAAGGGAGCAAGUCACUUUGGUGGAUUUCAAAGCAGAGGUACAAACAGAACAACUGAGACUCGAAAGCCAGUGGCUCCUCAGAGUAGUAAUACUCAUCCUUUAUCAAGUGUCAGAGGUUUCUCUCAAAGCGCUCAUCUUCCAACAGCAAGUCAUACCACUGUAAAAGGUCCAACUUGGAAUAAAUCAGGAAGUACUUUGGGUAGCUCAGGUAAUGUGACUCAGCUCCAUUCACCUAGCUGUAACUCUGGGAAGGCAGAGAUGUCAGAUAGUGACAAAACAAGAAAACUUCGCCUAAAGCUGUUAAAAAAACUGAAUGCUAAAAAGAAGAAGUUGGCUUCACUGGAUAGGCUGGCAGUGGAACAGAUGAAGUGUGGAAACCCUGUGAGUGGAGAUGUGAGCACCCCAUCACAGGCUGCUUCUCACAGUGACAGUGAAUUACUGCAGAGCUUUUUAAGGGAACUGCAACAUCAGAUGGACGUUGCAGAUAAAGAAUCUGAAUUUAAUGCAAACUCUGUAUCAGGGUGCAGUAGCCAUAAUAGCAGUGAUGAAAUACUGGCAGAACUUCUGUCCCCUACUUCAACUGUUGCUUCCUUAGAGGCACCCAGAAGUGAAGAUGAAUGUAUGUACAUGGAAAUGGUGGAUAGCAAUGUUGCAGCAACAGUGACUGAUGAGAAGUCCAGUGUGCCACAUCCAGCUGUGACAAACGAGGACCACAACUAUUACAGUCCUUUGAAGGAAAGUUACUCAGAACUUCAUGCAAUAAGCAAACCCAGUGUGAAAAAACUUGCUUUUGAAAGCCCUGUGAGGGAAGAUAUCCUUGAAGACCUGUUCUCCAUUUCAGCACCUAGCUCAAUGGCAGGUGACAUAGAUGUACCUCAUUUUGAUGAAACUCUGUUUGAAACUUGGUAAAUAUUAAGUUUUGUUGUUUUAAGUAUUUUUCAAUAUUAUGUAUAUUUUGAAACAAAGCACUAUUAAAUUAUGUUUUCUAACUAAUUUAAUUGCACACUGGAUGUACUUGAACAAUGUACAUUUGAAGUAUUUUUUUUCUUAUAAUUUUACUGUAGCUGACAAAUAAGGUUUUUAUGCAUUUUAUUUUUCUGAGAAGCAGUUAUUUUAGCUGUCAGAUAUGAUUUUUAAUUAAAAGCUCCUGUGAGUCUUAAUUUUUGCUGCUUUUAGUAUGGAAAACUUAUCCAUAUUCUACAGAGUUGAAGAAAUAAUACAUUUCAGUAGUCUUGACAAUGGAAUGGUGUUAGAAAUUUUUCAGGUAGUAGCAAUUAAUUUUACAGGAUCAUCCAACUCCUGAAGUCUUUUUGUCUGACUUUUUUUUUAAAAAAGUACCUUCCCUAAUCAGGGAUGUUUGCAUCCUUUGAUACAGAGAUCAUUUGCAACACUAAACUCGAGGCUGGUGUUCAGUUAGGAACGCUGCUCCUCUCAGAAUGACAGUUCUAACAAGCUCACCCUGAUCUUUACACCCUUUGGAUACAUUGCAGAAAUUUUCAUGUCUAAAUUUUCAUGGCAUGUAUUGAGUUUUUAUCGUGGGUAACUGAAAAUGUAACUUGACAAGAUAUUCUUCUAAGCCAGUUUAUUUUUUAAAGUAAAACUAAUAAGAUUUGGGCCAGAGUUUGCAGCACUAAGAAAUAUCAGAUGUAGCUUUUAAUUACUCAUAGCUGCAAAUUCACUAAUAAAAGAAAUAAAGUUAACUGUAAGCUAGCAGCCAUUUCUGUUCUUGCUAGCAGGAGAGGCGAGGUCAAUAGGAAGAAAGUAAUUGGAAAAGGUGACAAGACAGCAGUGAAUAAGCAGAGGGAUUCACAUCUUGGUGUUUCUGGAUUUGUACAGCUUUCAUUUUGCUAGAUGGGAGUCUUUUAAAUUCAUAGACAGAGCUGAGGGGAUUAUAUGCUAAAUUAGAUUAGCUGCACAUUUUUCUUGUACUCAGAAAUAACAGGGGUUUUGUCAGCCAGUCUUUGUUUCAGCCAUUUUUAGAGAUAUUCUGCAUUUUUUCAUUAGUUUAGAUCCCAAGUUCAAAAUAAGUCCUCAGUCUUCCUCUCCCAGGAUGCAGUUGAACACAAUUAUAAUUACAGGGCAUGGCUACAGAUCUAAAUAGUCCUAAGAUUGCUUGAACCAGGUUCAAAAAGUGUUUGAAAACUGUCAGUGGCACUGGACUCACCUUGCCAAGCUAUUUCUCUUGCAGUUACAGACCUGUUUAUCAAACUGGCACUUCAGAUAAUAAAUGGUUUCAUUCUUGUAAUAAAAGUCUUCAUAAAGAA